UGUUCAUGGUGGACAAUGGAGCAGAUGACUGGAGAAUAGCCAUGACUUAUGAGCGUAUUUUCUUUAUCUGCUUGGAAAUACUGGUGUGUGCUAUACAUCCCAUACCCGGGAACUAUACAUUCACAUGGACAGCCCGGCUCGCCUUUUCUUACGCUCCAUCCACAACAACAGCUGAUGUGGAUAUUAUUUUAUCUAUACCAAUGUUCUUAAGACUAUAUCUUAUUGCCAGAGUUAUGCUUUUGCAUAGCAAACUUUUCACUGAUGCCUCAUCUAGAAGCAUUGGAGCAUUAAAUAAGAUAAACUUCAAUACCCGUUUUGUUAUGAAGACCCUAAUGACAAUAUGUCCAGGAACUGUACUGUUGGUUUUUAGUAUCUCAUUAUGGAUAAUUGCUGCAUGGACUGUCCGAGCUUGUGAAAGGUACCAUGAUCAACAGGAUGUUACGAGCAACUUCCUUGGAGCAAUGUGGUUGAUUUCAAUAACUUUUCUAUCCAUUGGAUACGGUGACAUGGUACCUAAUACAUACUGUGGGAAAGGAGUCUGUUUACUCACUGGAAUUAUGGGUGCUGGGUGCACUGCACUGGUGGUAGCUGUGGUGGCAAGGAAGUUAGAACUUACCAAAGCUGAAAAACAUGUGCAUAAUUUCAUGAUGGACACCCAGCUAACUAAAAGAGUGAAAAAUGCAGCGGCCAAUGUACUCAGGGAAACAUGGUUAAUUUAUAAAAACACAAAGCUGGUUAAAAAGAUAGACCAUGCGAAAGUAAGGAAACAUCAACGCAAAUUCUUGCAAGCUAUUCAUCAAUUAAGAAGUGUAAAAAUGGAACAAAGGAAAUUGAAUGAUCAAGCAAAUACUUUGGUGGACCUGGCAAAGACUCAAAACAUCAUGUAUGACAUGAUUUCUGACUUAAAUGAAAGAAGUGAGGAUUUUGAGAAGAGAAUUGUUACUCUGGAAACUAAACUGGAGACGUUAAUUGGUAGCAUUCAAGCUCUACCUGGACUCAUUAGCCAGACAAUCAGCCAGCAACAGAGGGAUUUCCUCGAGGCUCAGAUACAAAAUUAUGAUAAGCAUGUUGCCUACAGUGCUGAACGAUCACGAUCUUUGUCAAGAAGAAGGAGAUCAUCCUCCACAGCGCCACCAACUUCAUCAGAGAGUAGCUAGAAGAGAAUAAGUUAACCACAAAAUAAAGACUUUUUGCCAUCAUAUGGUCAAUAUUUUAGCUUUUAUUGUAAAGCCCUAUGGUUCUAACCAGUGUUAUCUGGGUUCUGAUGUCAGAAUCCUGAAACCUGAACACGUUUUAGGCCAAAAUGAGUGAAAACUCUUCUUUUCCCCCCCCCCACUCCUCUCAGAUGCACAGUGAAUGCACCUAUUAUUGCUAUACUAGAUUGUUCCUCCUGUUAUUUCACUAACUUUUUAUUCAUGCACUUCAAACAAACUUUACUACUACAGUAUAUAACAUAAUAAAAAGGUUAAUUUCUGCACAUAGUUGCUUGGUUAGUUGGACUUAACCACUAAAAAAAGCUCAUAAUCAUAAGGCCUAAUUAUAAACUUAUAAGAAACAAAAUUGAAGCUUUAUAAUUAUUUCUCA